AUGCAACUCAAGGCUCUGAUGAAGCAGCAUUUGGCAAUCAGCGAUACAGUACAGAUGCUGAUAAUGAAUUUCAGUUUGCAAUUCCUUUCUACGAUAAUUAUGGCCUUUAUUGAAAUCACUUUCAAUCUAUACUAUUACUUAGUACAAGUACAAAAAGAUGUGUUUAUGAGCGACCGGAUAAAACAAGCCUUUGACGAAGUAUUCGUUACAGCUGUAAUGUAUGAAACUGUAAAAAUAGUGUUGGUAGUUUGGGCUUGUCAAUCUAGCAAAAAUCAAAUCUUGGAGAUAAACACUACCGUUCACGACGUGUAUAACAACACCAGCAAUAAAGAUGUAAAAUAUGAGAUUUUUAAUUUGCAGUUACAGUUAUUUUCCUUGCAAUUAAUGCAUCGUGAUAAUAUAUUUUCGAUAAAAGUACUUAUUGUGGACGCUACGCUUCUCACUACGGGUAGUAUAUUGGGCAAGAUUACCUUAGUAUACAUCGAAAUGUUGGUGUUACAAAUGGAUAUGCUAUACAUGAAUUGUGUUUGCGUAAUAAAAGCUUGUUUUAAGCAAAUCAACGACGGUCUGGUAAAUCUGCGAGAACUUAUGGUGAACAGUGAGCCAUAUACCUUGAGAGAAAUAAAUGACAAAGAGAGAAAUACAGUUAUAUUGAUGGAACUCAAGACAUUGAAAAAGCAGCAUAUGGCAAUCAGCGAUACAGUACAAAUGCUGAAUAUGAUCUUCACUUUGCAACUCCUUUUUACAAUAAUUAAAACUUUCAUUUUUAUCACUUUCAACCUGUAUUUCUGCUUAUUGCGAGCACAAGAAAGUGAUUCUUUAAACAAUCCGGAAAAAGAGAUCUAUUACAAUACCUUAAUUGCAAAUAUAACAUUUUACAUUACAAAAAUAAUGUUGAUUGUAUGGUCCUGCGAAACCAGCAAGAAUCAAGCCAUGGAAAUCAGCACUACUGUUAUCGAUAUAUCUAAUAGCAAUAAUGAUAAGGAAAUAGAAUAUGAGUUAGAGUUAUUUUCUUUGCAAUUAAUGCAUCGCAAAAAUAUAUUCUCUGCAAAAGGAUUUACUAUUAACGCUAAACUUCUUACUACGAUGAUGGGUGGUGUUGCUACGUAUCUAUUAAUUCUAAUACAAUUUUUGCUUAUGUCGAAUUCUUGCAAUGCAAAAAUCUAA